GCGGGACGUUGUGCAGCGUUCUGCCACGCGGGAGUGUUGUGGUGCAAGCAGAAACGGAGGUUAUGCUAUGACUGGCUUCAGACUCCCCAUCAGCACUUUCAGAAACCUAAAUGUCUGGUUCGGACUGUGGGAGAAAUUUCCCUCAAAUAAACUGUAUCCCACUUGGAGGAGAAGCUUAUUCUGUAGCUGUCAAGCAAGCACAGCGAACUACAGAUGUUUCAGUUUUUCCCCAGUCAGACCCAGUGCACUAAGACUCUCUCCAGAGUAUAUCUCAGUACUUUCUCUGCGGAACAAAAGCAGCAAAAGCUCUAAACGCAGCAGACAAAGCGUACAAGAAGAGGAGGAAGAAGAGGAUGAAGAUGAAAGUAAUUGGGAAGAUGAAUUUGAAAAUGACCCCAAUGUAGUAAAAGAUUACAAGGAUCUUGAAAAAGUAGUGCAGUCUCUUCGAUAUGAUGUGAUCUUGAAAGCUGGUCUAGACAUGGCAAGAAAUAAAGUAGAAGAUGCAUUCUACAAUAAUGAACUCAGGCUGAAUGGAGAAAAACUGUGGAAGAAAAGUAGAACUGUAAAACUUGGUGACACACUGGAUCUCAUAAUAGGUGAAGAUAAAGAAACAGGAACUGCUGUAGUUAUGCGGGUAGUCUUAAAAAAAUUAUCUGACAAAACUGAAAGUGAAAAAUACAAAGUUAUUUUGAGGCGUUGGAAAAACUUAAAAGUGCCCAAACAGGAUGUACUGAAGUAACAAGGGGUUGCAUGUGGCAGUGUAAGAUUUUUGCAGAAAAACAUAUUUUUUUGUUAAAUAUGAAUUUUGGUUGAACAAAAUUACAGUACCCUUUUUUAAGGGCUUGUGUCAGAAUGUUAUCUUGCUCUGCUGCGUACAACAAUAAUCAUGCAAUAAAGCCUGUCACUUUUUGCUGUUAGCUUUGUCUUGUGGUACUGUAAGUUAAAAGAUCCAACACUUACAUUUCCAGGAGGUUUCUUAUAAAUAAUGAAUCAAUAAAGACUGAUUUGAUCACUAUUUAA